AUGAGGCACGACAGCUUCGGAUUGGUCCGCGCCAAUCCGGAGACAGUGAGCGGCGACCCCUGCGACGACUUCUACGCGUACGUGUGCUCGGGGUGGCUUAACCGGCCAUCGUUUACCAGCACGUACGACGAGCAAGAGACGCGGCUGUGGUCACACGCGCGCUCCGAGCUCAAACGCAUGGCGCCGAGCACGACGACGACGUCGCGCUUCGCCUAUACCGCAAGAACAACCACGCAAACGAGUAAAAUCCCGACAAGCAAAACACGAACUUCCCAAGACAAAGCCAUGCCCAGCUCGGUGAAGGCCGCGAUGCUGUUCGGCGAGUGCCUGGAAGCUUCCACGCGGUACCGCGCCGACGCCCUGGUCAUUUUCCUCAGGGACGUUGGAUUGAGCUUCGUCAACGCCACCGAGAACCCCAUCGAGCUGGCGAUCAAGCUCGACCUUUUCUACAACCUCAAGGCACGCCUGACGUCACGAAUUCUCCGAGUGAUUUGUCAGCUAGAGCUGACUCAUUCUGGAAGUGAUGAUGAUAGCUAA